GUUUGCUUCUUAUACCGGUAUAAUAUAUGUCGGCGAUUGCGUUUGCAAUAUCUUGCUGCUUACAGACACUGCGAAAACAGCUGCCGCUUUCAACUCCAUCGGCCAUAGUCCGGCCUUACAGUCGCACUUAAAAGACUUCAAUAUACCGUACGUCACCAUGGAUGAGAUAUGGCGGCGGCUGACGCAAGGGCGAAACACCCGGGAGCGGGAACUUGCGCCCGGCGACCGUGAGGGUGCAAGGCUCUACCUGGACUUCCACGACUGCCUGGACCAACACAAGUAUUACGUCUUCUACGGUGUGGGUGCCGUCACCAUUCCCUGGUCCUACAUGAAAAAGAGCGUGGGUCCCUUCGUGGUGGGAGCCAUCCUCAGUCUGAUGCCAGACCUGCUGUACGCCAACUGGCGCUGUGAUGACAAGUUCAAAGCCUUCCAGCGGCAUUGUGAGGUGGUGAAACAGGGCAUCCAGGAGCGACAACAGCAGCAGCAGCAGGAGGAGGAGCUGGAUGGAGGGCGGCAAGCGGUGUCGGGAAGCACUGGAUUGUGCUGGCCUAUUUGUCCCACGCCUGCCGCACGGAGUGGCUGCAGUCUCAACUCCUCAGGCCCCAACCGUAUGCAGCCCGCGCCGCAACCUCCUUUUCGCGGGCUUUAUUACCGGUAUCAUUGCAGUACAGCGGAUGCAGCCCAGGGGCAUCCGGACAACUCUCCCCCGUGUAACGGUCCCGACCUUGCAUCACGACUGCUGCACUUGUUGAAGCACUCGAGGAACAGCCGCAUGUAUCGAAGCGGCAGCGCCCUCCCCCGUCUGCGGCAGCACCCCCGUCUGCAUGCAGCAGCACCUCGCAGCCCCCCACCUCUUUCCUACCCGGCUCCUCCUCCUCCUCUUCAUCCCCCUCCCUACCUCCCCCUCAUCCUCACUUCUCCGAUCCGCCCUCCUACGCCCGAUGCCGACCGCCCCGGCGGCCCCUGCCGCCUCCCGCCUUCUCAUGCGUCUCCUCCGGCUGGUGCACCUCCUUCUCCUCCUCCUGCUGCUGCUGACCCGCCGCCUUGGUCUCCGCCUCCGCCCCUUCCUCCGCACCUCCCUCGUGGCCCGCGGCCAUCUCGUGCCUCACCUGCCCCGCAAAGGUGCCGGCCACGCUGCGCUUCUCGUGCGUGUCCAGCUGCUCGUACGACUUGCCGUACUUCCUAAGAAGGGCAGUGGGAGGGUGUACGGCGAAGAGUUGAGGAGUGUACGACACGGGGCCGGACGUACGGCGGCUUUUUGUGCUAGGUAUUACUGGGGAAUGGGAAACGGCGCGGGUUAUAUUGCUGGGAAGGGCUUACGUACGCAUCUAGCGGGUACAGCAACCAAAGCGAUGGCAGCUUUGGCAGGAGCGACAUGGGACAGGACGUGGUGAAUGCGCCAUGCGAAAAAGGAGAGGGAGGAGAGGUUGAGACCGACGCAUACAUAUAUGGGGAGAUGGGUGGCUGGUAGGUCGCAGGGAUUGCUUGCAGGGGUGGUGGGGCGACGGGCGGUAUGGCGGUGUGGAGCGAUAGGCCUUACUUUGAUAGCUCUGGGCUGCAGUCCAUCCUGACGCCACUGAGUCACACACAAUAACUAGUAACUUACAAACCACAAGUGUUUGAACGAGCGUGGAGCAUUUGCAACGGCUCUGUGUGCUCUCGGAACGUUAGCGCGCCCUAGUUCUGCACGCUCGCUCGGAAGCCUAGCAAGGUCUCGAAAUCCCAAAAUUCUCUUAUCGAGCUCCCAAAACGCCAUAUCUAAAAAUUCCCAAACCCCAAUCCUACAACUCACUCGUGCGCCAGGCGGUCCUUGUCCUCCGCGGUCAUGUGGUGCACCUCGUGCUGAGCUGACCCCUGGGUCGUGCGGCCAACCAUGAUGCUGUUGCUGCUUAGCUUGGGGUGGUGGUGCUGUGGGAUGGAUCUGUCUGUCUUUGUUGAGCUAUCGGGCUGCUUGGGCUGCUUGGGCAGAAUACCUGAAACAGGAAGCCGGAAGACUUGAAGGAAGCUUUGACUAGGG